UUUUGUUUUUGCCAAAAAAUGGAGGAAGAUGUGAACCUAAAGUUUGACGGAUACGACGAAGACUUGAACGAAAAUCCUUUCUUCAAAUACAUAAAGACCAAGAAUAAGCCCUUGUACGAUGAAGUAGCUGAUAAUCGAUGGAUUAUUUGUGUACCACGAAAAGGCACCCUAUCUCGCUCCAAUCACACUGUCAACGAUGUGGAGAACCAUAUACUGUACCCACAUCCUUUAGACAAAGGCUCGAACUUAACUGACUUCAAAACUCUCAAUGGAAAGACUGUAAAGGUAAAUGAAGGAUUCAUUGUGACAACUGAAGGCUUUGAAGAUGUUAAAUCUGUCAGGAUCUUGUUUGAGGAAACCUUUUUCAACAAUAAUAAUGAAAGCUUCCAGGUUCUCUGCCUGGAUCAGCCAUUGGAAGGAGAAAUUGGAGUUUGUGCAGAACCUGUUGUACAAGCAUUAGAUAAUCUUCAAGGCUGUAUUGAUUUUCUAUGGCCUUCUACAGGAAGCAAGCAAGGCCAGAAACAAGUAGAUGAGAUUAUAAAACUGUUCAAUUCGACCUAUCAACAGUUAGAAGGGAAAUCACUUAGACAUCUUAUAGAUGCAGCUAAUGCAAUCUAUACAAGAGCUAUGCAGGGAGCACUAAAGAAUUCACAACUGAGAAGAUUAACUCAAAAUGAUAAAGUGUAUCUAGAUAAUGUAAAGUUAGCUAUUGAGACAUAUGUCAUUCAUGGUCUUUAUACACGACUGAUGAAAGUAAUCAGCUCUAUUGUUGGUAACGAGGAUGCAGCACUGAACAAAAUAACUCGUAAUUUAGCAGAGAUUCAAAUCAGAGACCUUGGAAUAAAGCCUGAAUUUUGUACAAAUCUUCCUAGGGGCAGAAGAAUUUUAUCCUUUCUAAACAAGUUCACUUCACCAUUAGAGAAGUUCCAUUGCUUGAAGAAGUCUAUUACAAUUAUAACUGAAAGAAAAAUGAAAGAAAAAGUACCAGGAACAAAAGAUGUAACUACAGCAGAUGAUCUCCUUCCUGCUUUGGUUUUUCUUGUCAUCAAAUCUGACAUUCCAAACUGGCUUGCUAACAUUGCUUUCCUUCACAACUUUCACUUCUCCAAAUGUGGAUAUAAUGAAUUCCAGUUUUACCUUGCAUCACUGGAAGCAGCAGUAGAACAUGUACGCAGUGGUUAUGUUAGCAGUGAAUUUAAAGGAGGUGUUCCAUUCAAGAGGUUACAAAAUGGUGCUGAUGGAUCUCCAUAUCUAUGGCACCCAGUGGACCAUGAUAACAUUAAACCCAACGCCCUGGAUAUGCUGUUUGAGUACACCGCUGAAGGCAAUGAAAGUGAAGUUGAAAAGUUACUAGCAAAUGAAGAGAAUGACAAUGCCAGACUGGAUCAGAUGUGCCAUCCGCUGUGCUCUUGUGACAAGUGUGAGAAACUUUUGUCCAGGAGGAGAAAUGAUCCAUCAGCUGUGACUGUGUUCUCAAGAGAUGACAUGGGGAGAACAGUCUUACAUGUUGCUGCUGAAUAUGGCCAUACCAACCUGAUCUAUUCACUAAUCCAUAAGGGUGCUGUAGUGAAUGCUAUGGACUACCAUGGUAGUACCCCCCUUCACAUGGCCUGCCUUAGAGGACACAGUAAAGUCGUGCUCAUUCUGUUGCACUACAAGGCUGAUGCCAAUGCACCUGACAAUGAUGGUAACACAGCUUUACAUCUUUGUGCUGCCAAUGGACAUGAGCCGUGCUGCAAAUCUUUGAUAUACGCCGAUAUGCACCAGCAUGUUUUGAAGAUUAACGUAGCAAAUGAAAAUGGAGACACACCUCUGCACCUUGCCGCAAGAUGGGGCUAUGGUCAGUGAAAGCCUUCUUGACGUUACUGCUUCCAACAUCGAAAAGGAUACUGGGUUUUUAAAUCUUCUUCCUGAAAAGACAUCAUCAAAGUCUCUUCAGAUUCCUUCGAAUCGUCAAAAAAGAACAAGUUUAGCAGGUUCCCCAGCGAAUUCCUUGGAAAGAGAAGAAUCUAAAGAGGUCUAUGCUUUCUUGCGUACUAUAGUUGAUGGUGAUAUAGAAAUGGUUCGUUUUAGACUGAACCUAGAUGAAGAAGACGAAGAAGAUGGCGGCGAGGAACAGUGUAAAUCAGAGGAAGAUCUUUGUCAUCCUCUUUGCCAGUGUGAAAAGUGCAUCAAAUGGCAAAAGCUAACCCAGCGAUCAUUGGAGCGGUCAGUCCACGUGAACUGUGCUAAUGAGGAUGGUAACACUGCCUUACAUGUAGCAGCAGUACGUGGAUAUACCGAUAUCACUAACCUACUACUAAGACAUGGAGCUAACCCUAAUGUAAAGAACACCCGUAAACAACAGACACCUCUACAUCUGGCAUGCCAGUACAACCAUCAGGAGGUGGCCGAAUCAUUACUCAAGUAUCAAUCCAAAGUCAACGUCAAAGACUAUAAAGGCAACACUCCGUUACACUUCUGUUGUGUCAAUGGAAACCUAGCACCGGCUUUGGUCCUACUCGAGCACAAACCGAAUGUUGAUGCACAAAAUGAUCGAGGCAACACUCCAUUACACGAGGCAGCGCGGUGGAACUUUGUAGCUCUGGUUCGUGUUUUACUAGAACACGGCGCCUCAGUUACAACAAGAAAUAAGAUACAGUUAACACCAAUGCAGUAUGCCAAGCAAGAUGACGUAGUCAAAGUGUUGGACGACAGUGGGAAAUUCACAGAGCUGUUACUUAAAGAUUCAGCAAGAAGAAACACUUGGGCUGGUCUUUCAAAAGAUUCGAAGAGGCAGUUCGAUGUCUCUCUUGCAAAUCCUGUCGAAGCCAAAGCCUCUCCUCCAAAAACGAUUCCAAAACCUCAGGCAAUGAAAAUCUAUUACAGGGCGACCCCAGCCUCAACGUCCAAUGAGAACACGUCUAACAACACCCCGGAGACGAAAGAUAAAGAAACUCGUCUCAGGUCCUUAACCGAGAGCAGUGCAUGUGGCAGCAGUAUUGUGGCUCCUCAGACGAAAAUGAGUCAGAUAUUUGAACAGCUUGAACGCGGUGAAGUGGAAAAACUACAGGAGAUUGCUAAAGCUGUACGAUCAUUUGAUAGGCGCAAGUCUUUGAAGCGUACAGUCACGGUUGAUAAGAGCAAGCCACUGUUUCCUUUGAAUGUGGAUGAAGAGGUUUUAAAAGCAUUCGACCAAAGCGCCUUGCGUAAGACACCACUUUUAUUCGACCAACGAAUAGCAGUCCCAAGCAAUACUCCAGAACUAGAAGCUGGACGAAUCAGUCCAAGUCCUCUACUUAACCGAGUGCGCAAUGUUUUGAUUGGUAGUAAUCAAGAACCAAAACCAGAGGGUCCACUUCUCAGCCGUAUAAAGAAUAUCCUUCCUGAAGAUCCAAGCGAUGCACCCUGUACUGUCAUCGUACAGGAGGUUGAUACGGAGUCUUCUAGUGCGGAAUCCAGUAUUGGUAAGAAUGAAAACAAGCAAUAUAAAAUCAAUGAAACUGAGGUAGGCGUUGGAAAAAGAGCUGAUGUUGGUUACGAAGAACUGGCAUCUUUACAGGACAUAUCAAACAAGUUGCUUCCAAAUGAAAAGAAAGAAGAAUAUUGUAACAACAUCAGUGAUGAUCCAAAAGGUGAAAAAUCUGGUGAUCUUGUGUGUGCUGAUGUGGUUGGAGGGGAGUUAGAUGAAGCUAAGUUACAAGCAGAUAAAAGUGACGAUCUUGCGAAUAAAGAAUCGGAAAUGCUUAAUCCCGAGAAAUCAGAAGAUACGGAUACAAAUGAUUCAAACGAUCAUAAGAAGGAAUCUUAUGAAUCUAAGCUAGAGGCAGAUAAAAGUGACGUGCUUCCUUGCGCAGUUAAAGAUGCACAGUUGCUUAAUACUGAGAAAUCAGAGGAUUUGGUUACAAAUGAUUCAAAUGAUCACAAGGAGUCUUCCAGCAAAGUGGAAACGUCGCAGCCUGAUGAAAGAGUUGAUGUUGCGCGCGCAGAGAUUGAAUCUGUACCGGACGAUUUGGUAAAAGAUUCACCAAAGAGUACACAUGAUUUACAUACUGAAGAUAAAACUGGUUUAGAGUGCGCAGAGACUCGAUCAACAAGUAACGAAGUGGGUCAAAAUAUUAAAGAUGACUUACAUGAGCAAGACUGCACUAAUCAUGACAUGCGUGACAUAAGUGUCGCGGAAGAAAGAGUACAAACGGCUAAUAUUUUUUCACAAGAUGACUUAGUAUCUGUUAUUUCAAUUAAAGAAACAAAUGAAGAACCAGCUAACCAAGAUUCUGGUAAUAUUUCUGUUGGAGAGAAACCAUUGCUAACAGAGACUUCUGCUUUAGCAGAUGAUUGUAGAGACGAUGAAUCUAGUGUGGAGAAAGCAGAUUGAGUGAUAAUCAAAAACAGUAUAGAAUUUGAUAUAGUAAGUAGGAAUACUAGUGAAGCAUUUGAAGAUAAGGCAUUGAAUAGCAGGACUGAUCGUCAAGAGGUUGGGAAUGAAACAGCUUGGCAGACUCCUAAGGAAUGUUAAUUGGCCACUUAAGAAACGAGCAAAAGACUGGGACGAGGCUGGAUAACCUGUAACCAUACAUUCUUUGUUAAUUUUUGACACUUUCAAAAGCCAAUAAUUCCGGUUCUUUUCAUCCAAUAAUGUUCAAAUUUGCCAGACUUACUAAUCUUGAGCGGCGCUACUUAGGGGAGUGAGCGUUGCGUGACGACACUAAUAGUGGCUGCGUAGGAAAAAUGCUUAUAACUCUUCAGGGAUUUAAUAUAUUACAACAGCACUUUCCGAAAUUACUAAUUUAUAGACAUGGUCUUUCUUGUAGUCAAAAAAUAUUUUUUAAAUCAUUAAUUGUUCGUGGUGCUCGUUCCCAGCUAGUCUUACACUCAUUUUUCAUAUGGUACUGCCGCAGGUGUACAAAAUUGUUUUUGCUAUGGCAAAGAAACCAAUGUAGAAUUAUCCGACAUGGUGGACGUGACAAGAUGAAACUUGUAGCAAAAUAUUAAAUUUAGAAAAGCUUAUCUAUCUGAGAAUAAAGAUAGCACUGUGUUCUUUGUAGCAUUAGGAUUUAUCAGUUUGCAGAUAUUAAAAGCCAUCUUAAAAGUA